AUGUUCCCUCAACAGGAACAUGAUGCUGAUUCCGAAAUGGUUCAUCCAGCCCUCCAGGAAAUCAAAUCAGAACAACAGGAAACCAGAGCAGACGGCGUGCUCAGUUCUGGUGAGAUCAGUGAUGGUGAAGUGGCACGGGACGUUUCCCCACCACCAGACGGAGCUUUAUGUGGCCAUUUUCUCUUUAUGAAUACAUGGGGUUUCAUCAACAGCUUUGGUAUCUUCCAAACGUACUACACAACGUUUCUCCAACGCGACCCGUCUGAUAUCUCCUGGAUCGGUUCUAUCCAAGUUUUCCUCAGUUUCUUUAUUGGUGCCUUUGUUGGCAGGUACAUUGAUUCAGGACAUCUACGUUUAGUUCUGUCCUGCGGUACAGUUCUAGUACUCGUCGGUAUCUUUACCGCCUCCCUCUCCACCCAGUACUGGCAGUUACUUCUUUCGCAAGGAAUUUGCUGUGGACUAGGCAACGGCUUCCUCGUCACCCCUGCAGUGUCUGUCACUUCUACUUACUUUGAUAAACGGCGUUCGCUGGCUAUUGGAAUUUCAACCUGUGGCUCUGUCACUGGGGCACUUGUAUUCAAUGCCAUGGCUAGACAGCUAUUACCUACUGCCGGGUUUGGCUGGACGAUGCGUGCGAUUGGAUUUGUGCAAGCAGCUACACUCUUGUUUGUCGUUGUGUGCAUGAAGACAAGACUUCCUCCCACCAAGUCUGGCAGGCUGGUUGAAUGGGUUGCUUUCAAGCAACUUGAUUACACAUUUUUCACCAUUGGGAUGUUCUUUAACUUCUGGGCUGUCUUCUUUGGGUAUUACUACAUCGCUUCCUACAGCCGCGACAUCAUCAACCCAACUCUUACCUACACAGACUCAUUGAAUCUCCUUCUCAUUCUCAAUGGAGUCGGUGUUUUCGGUCGCAUGAUAGCAAAUCACUAUGCCGACACAUUUGGACCCUUGGAAUUGUUGAUACCGUCAUGUCUAGUGGCUGCUAUUGCCAUGUUUUCGUGGAUUGCUGUUCAUACCCCUACUCAUGCAUAUGUAUGGACAGUUUUCUACGGUAUCAUCGGCGGUAGCAUUCUGAGUCUAUUCCCGGCUGGGAUCUCAAGCUUGACUACUGAUUUAUCCACUAGAGGCGCAUACAUUGGGAUGAAUUUUUCCAUCAUCAGUUUUGCAACCCUUUCGGGUAAUCCUAUUGCGGGUGCAAUAAUCACGGCCAUGGGAGGGAGGUAUCUUGGUGCGCAACUGUUUAUGGGCAGUAGUUUUAUUGUCGGUACUGCAUUUAUUGUAGCAGCCAAGACUUAUCAUGUUAGAUAG